GUGCUGGGAUAACCGAAGGGUUUUCUAUGUGCGCUGGAGAUUUUGUGGAGGUCUACAGUGAAAAAAGCCAAGAAUCUGCAUGGGAUGCUGUUGUAACUUGCUUCUUCCUGGAUACGGCACACAAUAUUGUUGAAUACAUUGAGAUUAUAUCAAAACUUCUCAAGGAUGGUGGGGUCUGGGUAAACAUGGGUCCACUUCUGUAUCACUUUGCUGAUUCCUAUGGACCAGAUGAUGAUAUGUCUAUCGAACUAAGUUUGGAAGACGUGAAAAGGGUGGCUUACCAUUAUGGAUUUGUGCUGGAGGUGGAGAGAAUGAUAGAUACCACUUACACAGCAAAUAUGGCAUCAAUGAUGCAGAAUCGAUACCGCGCAGCAUUUUGGACAAUGAGGAAGGACGCAUCUCGAUCAAAAGCAAAAAAGUGCCAGUGAGGUGGAGAUCCUUCAGUGUGAUUCGCAUCCAAGUUGUUUAAAUCUAGAGGAAGACGGAGCUGUGGUCAGUCAAUUGGGGAUAUUUAUCCAGAGGCUGGAAGCCUCCUAGGUAGGACAAAUAAAGAGGAUCGUUUCAUGCCACCAUUUCUUAGCAUGAUACUCAAACCUUAUAGCAAAUCGUGAAUCCUGUGAUAGAAUCUGUGUGCCAUUACUUAGCAAGUGGUGAUGUACCGAUGACUAUAUACCCCGGGGCCAUCUGCGUGCUAUAAGAAGAAAAAGAGAUGUAACUGUAUUUUUUCUUUUAUAGCAAGAGAUGUACUGUACUGUUUGUACAAUGGUGGCAUAAUGUCUGGACUGCGUUGUUU